GCGAGGGGCGGGGCCGCCGCCUCUGCUGCGGCCCGGAGCGAGAUGGCUGCCACUGAGGGGGCAGGGGAGGGUUCGCAGGGCGGCGAGGCCGGGCAGGCCGAACCGCCGCCACCCCAGCCGCACCCCCCGCCGCCCCCGCAGCAGCAGCCGGGAGAAGCGAUGGCGGCCGAGGCCGGGGAAGCGGUGGGGUCGCCUAUGGACGACGGGUUCCUUAGCCUGGACUCUCCCACCUAUGUCCCGUACAGGGACAGAGCAGAAUGGGCUGAUAUAGAUCCAGUGCCGCAGAAUGACGGCCCCAAUCCAGUGGUCCAGAUCAUUUACAGUGAUAAAUUUAGAGAUGUUUAUGAUUAUUUCCGGGCUGUUCUGCAACGUGAUGAAAGAAGUGAACGAGCUUUUAAACUAACCAGAGAUGCUAUUGAGUUAAAUGCAGCCAAUUAUACAGUGUGGCAUUUCCGGAGAGUUCUCUUAAAGUCACUCCAGAAGGAUCUGCAUGAGGAAAUGAGCUACAUCACUGCAAUCAUUGAGGAGCAGCCCAAAAACUAUCAAGUUUGGCAUCAUAGGCGAGUAUUAGUGGAAUGGCUAAAAGAUCCAUCUCAGGAGCUUGAGUUUAUUGCUGAUAUUCUUAACCAGGAUGCAAAGAAUUACCAUGCCUGGCAACAUCGACAGUGGGUUAUUCAGGAAUUUAAACUUUGGGAUAAUGAGUUGCAGUAUGUAGACCAACUCCUUAAUGAGGAUGUGAGAAAUAACUCCGUCUGGAACCAAAGAUACUUUGUCAUCUCUAACACCACUGGCUACAAUGAUCGUGCUGUGUUGGAGAGAGAAGUCCAGUACACUCUGGAAAUGAUUAAACUAGUACCACAUAAUGAAAGUGCAUGGAACUAUUUGAAAGGGAUUUUGCAGGAUCGCGGUCUUUCCAAAUAUCCCAAUCUGUUAAAUCAAUUACUUGAUUUACAACCAAGUCACAGUUCCCCCUACCUAAUUGCCUUCCUUGUGGAUAUCUAUGAAGACAUGCUAGAGAACCAGUGUGAUAACCAGGAGGACAUUCUUAAUAAAGCAUUAGAGCUGUGUGAGAUCCUAGCUAAAGAGAAGGACACUGUAAGAAAGGAAUACUGGACAUACGUUGGAAGAUCCCUUCAGAGCAAGCACAGCCCAGAGAGUGACCUGCCAGCAGGUGUGCAGCACUGACACCUCCUGGGAGGGCGCGGCGGAGGCUUUUACUGUUGUGAGACCCUGAUGCAGGCUUUGGACACGAGCGGCCGUCCCUUUCCCAGCGGCGUAGAACGUGCACUAUCCAGUUACGCUUUUUAACAGGAACUAGGUGAGAUGCUCCUGGGAGCCACUGCCCGGCCGACUAGCUCUAAGUAUUCGAUCCUUUUAAAGCAACGUGACUGGCGGGGGAGGGAGAAGGAACGGAGUCCUACAAAGCAGUUUUUGUAGGUUCAUCCACAUGGACUCCAGUUGCUUAGGAUGGGCUCGUCCCCACACCUGCAUGCCAGGUGCGGUAUCAGCGCUGCGGGUAACCUGUGUGGAAUGGGUGAGAAGCACUUAGUCCUCGGCUCCAGAGGCAGGGGUGCAGGUGUUGCUGUUAGAGCUGCUGUGCCACACUCGCAGGAUCUUGCUGUCACUGUAACCAACUAAUGCUAAAAGAGUGGUUUUGUAAUAAAAUCAUAGCUCCUAAAACAA